AUGAUAAAUUACAUCUCUAAAGCCGCUUUCAAGAAAAGUCCACAUUUCGGUAGAUUAAGUUUUGGAAAUUUAAUAAACUAUUCUCCAAACCUAUUGCUAUGGGGUGGGGCUUGGGCUGCAUCUAUUGCUGUUUUCACUGAAGGUUGGCCACUUUUCCAAGAUGCCUUCUACAAAAAGAUUCCAUAUUUUGGUCAACAUUGGAUUGUAGAAAUUCCACCAGAAGACAAGCAACACUAA